AUGGAAGAGUACUCCCGAGAGCCCUGUCCGUGGCGCAUUGUAGAUGACUGCGGCGGCGCCUUUGCAAUGGGUUGCAUUGGCGGGGGCCUCUUUCAGUCCAUCAGAGGCUUCCGGAACGCCCCGUCGGGAUUCGGCAGACGAUUGGCGGCCAGCGUUGGGGCCAUCAAGUCGAGGUCUCCUAUAAUAGCUGGUAAUUUUGCAAUAUGGGGCGGAAUGUUCAGCACAAUAGACUGCGCCCUGGUGUGCAUCCGCAAAAAAGAGGAUCCGUGGAAUUCGAUUGCCUCGGGAGCCCUAACGGGGGGCGUUUUGGCUGCCAGAAACGGUUUAGCAGCCAUGGCCGGGAGCGCCGUUAUCGGAGGAGCUAUUCUGGCUUUAAUAGAAGGAGUAUCAAUAUUACUUACAAGAUUCUCAGCCGAACAGUUCAAGCCCCCAAAUCCACUUGGCGAGGAAGGAUUUGGAACCAUGAAUUAUUAA